UAUAUGAAGCUUGGAGAUUUGGACAGCGGGCGCGGGGUCUUUGACGAGAUGGUCACCCGUGAUUUGGUUGUGUGGAAUUCGAUCAUCGCGGGGUUCGCACAGAGUGGUGAUGGUGUUGGGGCGGUAGAAUUGUUCAUGAGGAUGAAGGAGUCUGGUUUCUCAGCCAACCAGGGUACCUUGACCAGUGUCCUCCGGGCGUGCACCGGGAUGGUCAUGCUCGACUUGGGAAGGCAGGUACAUGCUCAUGUGCUCAAGUAUGAGAGGGACUUGAUUCUGCACAAUGCACUUCUGGACAUGUACUGCAAAUGUGGGAGCUUGCAGGAGGCAGACGCCUUGUUCAGCAGAAUGCCUGGUAGGGAUGUGAUCUCAUGGAGCACCAUGGUCUCUGGUUUGGCGCAGAAUGGGAGAAGCGCCGAGGCGCUGAAGGUUUUCAACUUGAUGCAAUCUGAAGGACCUACACCAAACCGUAUAACAAUGGUUGGAGUUCUGUUUGCAUGCAGUCAUGCUGGCUUGGUGGAAGAUGGUUGGUAUUACUUUAGGUCCAUGGAGAAGCUCUUUGGCUUUCAGCCUGAGAGGGAGCAUUGCAACUGCAUCGUUGAUCUCCUUGGUCGGGCAGGGAAGCUUGACGAAGCUGUGAAGUUCAUCAGUGAGAUGAAAUUUGAGCCGGACUCGGUCAUAUGGAGAACUCUUCUUGGGGCAUGCAGAAUGCACAAAAACGCUAACCUUGCAGCAUAUGCAGCAAGGGAGAUCCUUAAACUUGAGCCGGAAGACCAAGGUGCACGCAUAUUGUUGUCAAAUACAUAUGCUGAUUUGCGACAAUGGUUAGAUGCCGAGAAGUCAUGGAAGGUGAUGAGAAACCAAGGGGCCAAAAAAGAGCCUGGGCUCAGCUGGAUCGAGCUGGGGAAACAAGUCCAUGUGUUCAUUGCUGGUGAAUUGUCACACCCAUGCUCAGCUGGCAUAGUUCAGGAACUGAACCGACUAAUCAGGCGGGUCACUGACCUCGGUUAUGUCCCGCUGACAGAGUUUGUGCUGCAGGAUCUUGAGAGUGAGCAGAAGGAAGAUCUGCUGAAAUAUCACAGCGAGAAACUGGCUGUUGCAUUUGCAAUGAUGAAUUCAAUGAAGGGGAAGCCUGUAAGGAUCAUGAAGAACCUCAGGAUCUGUGGUGACUGCCACUCAUUCGUGAAGCUCGUCUCCAAGAGUGAAGGCAAGGUGAUCAUAAUCAGGGACCCGGUUCGGUUCCACCAUUUCCAGGAUGGAGUUUGCUCAUGUGGCGACUAUUGGUAGAGAAGGUAACACACACUGGCAAGGCUCCUGUGGCGACUAAUGGCUUGAUCACAAGUUGUUACAGCAUUUUCUUUGCAACUCAGAUGCUUAACCACAUUUAUAUUAGUAUCUUGUGAAAGAAGAGUAAGAGUAGUAAUAUAUACAAUUUUUUUGUGAGCGGGUAGUACUGUAUACCAGUAGUCAAAAGAACAAAGAUAAAGGAGAAAAAAAGGUAAGAAAAGAAAAGGAGAAAGGGAAAGAGGCAAGUGAGCAAAAUAGCGGCCAUAAAGAAGCCCACUGGGCCGUAUCUCUUUCCCAGCUCAUCCGCCUCACCCAAGAGCACGCAAAGCCGAAACAGAACAGGAAAGAAACGCGCCCAGGAGGAAUUCCGGCGUUCUCCUCUCGCAAGCCCUAGAAGCCAUGGUCCGUGGAGGCCGCAGGUGACCGCCGCCGGUAGCAAGAGGCGCCAGGAGGAGUGGUGGCGGUUGUUGAGGCGCGGCAAGAUGUCGGUGCGGAUAAAGGCGGUGGUGGACAGGUUCGUGAAGGAGCUCAAGGAGGCGCUGGACGCGGACAUCCAAGACCGCGUCAUGAGGGAGCGCGAGAUGCAGAGCUACAUCGAGGAGCGCGAGCGCGAGGUCGCCGAGCGGGAGGCCGCGUGGAAGGCCGAGCUCUCCCGCCGCGAGGCUGAAAUUGCACGGCAAGAGGCAAGGCUUAAAAUGGAAAGGGAGAAUCUGGAGAAAGAAAAGAGUGUCCUGAUGGGAACUGCUUCGAAUCAGGAUAACCAAGACGGAGCCCUUGAGAUCACAGUUAGCGGUGAGAAGUAUAGGUGCCUGCGCUUCUCCAAGGCGAAGAAGUGAGGCACCGCUGCCUCCUUCCUGUUCCCAAAUAAUCAGGUGAUUGAACGCCACAUGAGAUGAUGCCUGCCUGCCUGCCGAACGAGUGCAGUAACAUGAAUGGCUUCCAAUUAUCAUCACAGUACAGGAGCCAUGUUAGGUCCAGCUUCUGAUUGCCAGCGUCGGUUCACUUCGAAAAAACAAUUAAGGAGGUUGCUUUUCUUUUCUCUUCCCUUCAGAACUCGGGGCUGGAGCUAUCUGUUCUUGUCCCAGUCGAUAAAUUUUUGUUUCCAAUUUUCUGUUCAAGAUUCAGUUGUGCUCCUACAGUUUAAUUAUUUGCAAGUGACCCUGAUUAGCAUCUGGACACUCAAUCAUUGUGCGGGAUUCAUGGAUAAUCUGCACGGGGUCACCAUGUUUAGUGAUAAUAAUUUCUUGUUAA